GGAGCGCCGAUGGAGGUGGUGAAGAGCCUCCUGAAGCCGAAGCCGACACCGCAGCAGCAGAUGCGCGAGUGGCAGCGCCGCCUCCGCAACAAGGGCCGCAACAUCGAGCGCCAGAUCCGAGACGUGCAGAAGGAGGAGAAGAAGGUGGAGAAGGCCAUCCGGGACGCCGCCAAGGCGCUGGCCAAGGAGCUGGUGCAGUCCAGGAAGGCGGUCAACCACCUCUACGAGAACAAGGCCCAGCUCAACUCCAUCUCCAUGCACCUCGGCAAGAUCGUCGGUAAUGCACACCGCCUGCAUCGUAUCUAUCUUUCUAGAUAGCAUUCAGUAUGGUAA